AGUGUAUCGUUACACUUAAAUGAAUCAUGUCUUACCAAUUUAAAAAACGUCCUGCCCCUGCUGUGCCUAAUAUGCCUCUGUAAUAACGAAAAACAGAUAACAAAGCUGCAGCGUGCAAUUUAGAUUAGCAUUAGGGUAUUUUAGGGCAAUAAGUAAUAGAAAAGUGAAUUAUCACAUGUGAAAGCACUUCCCAGUGUAUGACAACAUAUUUUUUCAGGUGUGUGUUGUCUAAAAGUGACUACAAUAGAAACAGACUAUAUCUAAUGGAAUGGCAUUUAUUGCACGGCAUGCCAUUGGCAAUGAAAGCAGGUCAUGCUGGAAUAUAAAAGCUGAUGUCACUUGGGGGUAAAACACUUGACCUUGAUAAGUCUAGUCAGGUGAGGCUGCAAAGACUGAAAGGUUCAAGGCUAUUUGUAAAUAUAACUUAUUUUGUUGAACUUUGCUCUGAUCAGCUUCAAUACGGAUUGAGGCUCUUAUUUCAGGGAUUCAUGGGAUAUAUUUUGGGCAUGCUAUGUUGGACAAGAUGAAUGAAGAUGAAUUUACAGAUUAUCUUAUUCAGCUGAGCAUUGAAGAGUCUUGUCAUGAAGUAUUUGCAAUAUGGAAAAACAGCUCCGCCAGUGAUGAGAAUUCGAAACUGCUGGCAGCUAUCGAGACAGGUGAUACUGCAGUAAUCCGUCAGCUCAGGCAAUUUCCUUCAGCCUUCAAGGAAGUUGACAGUAGAGGACUUCUACCAGUCCACCGAGCCGCCAUGCAGCCAUCAGGGAAAGUACUAGAGGCAAUUCUGGUCUCUAGUCAGCCAGACUUGGAGGAGAAAGGUAGGAAUGGAGAGACUGCCUUGACUUUAGCAGUUCAAGUUGGACUGGAAGAGAAUGUCAGGAUCCUUCUGGAACAUGGAGCACUACCACACAACCCCAACAGUAGAAAGGAGUCUCCACUUCUUCUGGCGGUAAGAGUCCGAUCUUAUCAAAUGGUGUACGCUCUCAUUUCACAUGGAGCUGUGGUGGAUCAGGUAUGUUCGAAGAGGUGGACGGCACUCCAUGAAGCAGCCCAAGUGGGUUGCGUUGACAUCUUAAUGCUGCUGUUGAGACGUGGUGGCCAAAUAUCAGUGAGGGACUGUCAUGGAGUGACACCGUUAAGCGUAGCAGCAGAAUGCGCCAAUCUAGAAGUCGUCCAAGUUCUCAUUGAAAGUGGAGCCGAUGUGAAUGCACAGUCCUGUAAAGGUGAAAGUGUGCUGAUGGAUGCAGCCGGUUCUGGAAACCCAGACUGCGUGGAGCUUCUGCUUAAUCAUGGAGCCUCACCAAACCUGGCCAGCUUGACAGGGCAUCUUCCCAUUCAUCGUGCGGCCUUCGAGGGACACUACCUUGUACUAAAAAUACUGCUAUCAGUCACAAGCAAGACAGCUCUCAUCAAGUCUGGCCAGAGUCCAGUACACUCUGCUGCCGACGGAGGUCAUGCACAAUGCCUGCAGCUCCUGAUUGACAGCGGUUUUGAUGUGAACGCUCUCCUUGACGAAACCAUCUCCGACAACUACAGCGACAUGCGUAGGAGCGCCCUUUACUUUGCCGUCUCAAAUGGAGAUUUGACUUGCGCUGAGAUGCUGCUGAAUGCUGGAGCCAAACCAGACCUGGAUCCCCUGCAGUGCCUCCUAGUGGCGGUGAGAGCUGGGAGGUACGAGAUUGUCAGGAUUCUUCUGGCCAGCCAAGCAGAUGUCAACUGUUACUUCACAGAGGUCAAUGACACAGUGUUUCCCACUGCCUUACAAUACUGCCUGAAGGAUGAGGAGAUGAUGCGAUUACUUCUUAAUAAUGGAUAUGAUGUAGACAAAUGCUUCCACUGUCACCACGACUUCCAUUUCACCCUGGGGUCUAUUUGGAAGGACAUAUUUCUACAUAAACCACGUUGUGUCAUCUGUGAGGGAGAAGACAAUAUACCUUUUUGUGACUUCAUGAGUUUGUGCUGCUUGGUUGGCCUGUCAGGACGAGUGGUACUGAUCCUACUGGACUAUGUCAGCCACGUCCCCCUCUGCUCACGACUGAGAUCCAUCCUGGAGAAACAAAAGGAGUGGGAAGACAUAUACACCAUCUUGAACAACCCACGAUCCCUGAAGCACCUCUGUCGUCUGGAAAUCAGAAAACACAUGACCGUUAAAAGACUUUGUAAUACCACUAUAAUGAAUUCUUUUCCACCUCUGAUUAAAAAUUACCUGCUGUACAAGGAAUACGAUCGGACUUGAAGCAAGUAUAACAAUGAAUCUUUUCUUGUCAGAAAUGUUCUUUCAUUGAAUGUUACAUAUCGUAUUAUGUACUGUAUGUGAUAUAUAACA